AGUGAAAUACUAUAAUAAAGAUUUUGAGUUUAAUGAUUUAGAUAGAAGCAUCGUUCUGGAUAGAUAUUAUUACGGAAGUUGAUCGAUGUAGUCGAUCUCAAUUAGUGAGAUAAGGUUCAGUUGUUAUUGUUUCUGCAUGUCAAGUGUCAACAUAUAUAACAUUACAUAAAGUCAUUGAACAAACCUUACAACUAGCAAGAUAUGUAGUUGAAUUUGACAACAUUCUUUAUUUUUUAAUUAUUAUCAUUAGAUGAUAAAUGCGUUUGUCUAACUGUGACUUGCAUGAGCCACAUGAGUAUAGCUGAAAAAUUGGCUAACAUAAUGGCCCCAGCUAGAUAAGAUUGGUUAUAUGACAAAUCUUCAAUUUCCUUCUAAGUGUAUAUAUAAACAAAACUGAGAACAAUCUUUUGAAGAGGUAGAAAAAAAUGGGUGGUCAACAACAGCAUAAAAAGUCCAAGGUUGUGAAAAUAGACUCAGUGAAAUCAUGGGAAGAGUACAUCAAUGAAGCUACCAAUAAAGGCUACUUUGUUAUGGUUCAUUUCUCUGCUUAUUGGUGCAUGCCUUCUAUUGCUAUGGACCCUUUCUUUGAAGAAUUGGCUUCCACCUAUCAGAAUAUAAUAUUUCUCAAGGUGGAUGUAGAUGAGGUUAAGGAAGUAGCCACCAAGAUGGAAAUCAAUGCCAUGCCUACUUUUUUGUUGAUGAGUGGAGGAACUCCUGUGGAUAAAACUGUUGGUGCAAAUCCUGAUGAAUUAAGGAAAAGGAUGGAUCAACUCAUUCCUCAAAAUCCUUCUGAUGCAUGAUGAGCACAAUAUGAUUGAUUUCAUGUGUAAAAUAAUGUAUAUUCCAAGAGUAGUAGUGGUGUUGAUUUUUUUAUUAUUUCUAAAUUAUGUUUGGUGUGUAUGUGAAGUAACUAAUUGUGAAGUUGAUGUGUAUUUUUAUUGAAUAGUUGUACCUGGUAAUACUAUUUGUCUAUUUAAAUAUUA